ACAAAGAAAAUCUAAAGUUUACAUCAUCACAUCCCACCCCGCACCCACCUUUUAAAUCAGACCCUCAUCGGAACGGAUCCCCUCCAAACACUCACACAAUGUAUACUUCUAGUCAACAACAGAUGCCAAUUCGAACAAAUGCGUUAAGUGUACAAGUUCCACCGACGAUGAAUUUUGGUGGUCACAAUGACUUGCCAUCAUCCAAUGUUCAUGGACCGGAAAUUGAUUCGGUUUCUAAAUCGGAAACAAUUGUUAACCCUUCUAAGAAACUUGAGAAUGAUAUGAAGUUGAUCGGAAAGAAAAUUAAACAACAUGAAGAUAAUAUCAAGUUUUUGAAGACUCAUAAAAACAGUUUAGAUGAUGUUAUUACAGAUAUGCAAGUUACGUUGGGGAAGUAUCAUUCAUCAACCGCACCGAAGAUAGAAGAUGAGGAUCUUUCACAUAUGCAAAGUGAGGAGGCAACAAUUGGGGAUAUUAUGAAACAUGAGAAAUCAGCAGCUGCCAUUUUUUACCAGCUGAAACGUCAUCGUAGUCAAGCUGCUCAUAUCAAGGAUAUUCUUGGUGUUGUGGCUACUCUUGGAAAAGUUAAUGAUGACAAUCUUGGAAGGCUUUUAUCGGAGUACAUUGGGCUGGAUAAUAUGAUGUCGUUAGUUUGUAUUUCAUAUGAUGGCAUUAAAGCUUUGGUAUCAUAUGACAAAGAAGGUGGCAUAAAUAAAAGUUCCGGCCUUUAUGGCCUUGGAACUGCCAUUGGACAAACUUUGGAGGGACGGUUCAAUGUAAUCUGUCUUGAAAAUUUGAGGCCGUAUAUUGGUGAGUUUAUGCCUAAUGACCAGCAAAAAAGGCUCGAUCUUUCCAAACCAAGAUUACCAAAUGGUGAAACUCCACCAGGGUUCAUUGGGUUUGCUGUCAAUAUGAUCCAUAUUGAUAAUGGACAUCUGUUCUAUCUAACACAUGAUGGCAACGGUUUGAGAGAGACUCUUUUUUAUACUCUGUUCUCGCGACUACAAGUUUAUAAAACCAGAACGGAAAUGUUACAGGCCCUUCCUUGUAUAUGUGAUGGAGCCAUUUCAUUGGAUGGGGGGAUCAUUAAGAGUACCGGUGUAUAUUCCCUUGGCACUCGGGAAGAGAUAGAUGUCAAAUUCCCAAUAACCUCUGGUGUUUCUUAUCUACCCGAGGCCUAUCUUGAUGUUGAAAAGGAAAUGAAGGAGCUUAAGUGGAAAAGGGAAAGAAUGAUGGAAGAUAUACAAAGGGAAGAGGCAAUGUUAUCCCAUGUAAAGUACAGCUUUGAAGUAAAGAAGCAAGAGUUUCUUGGUUUCAUGGCACAAAGCUCACCAUAUACGAUGCAGUAUCCGAUGCAAAUAACUCCUCAAGGAAGACCGACUCCAAGAUAGAACUCUUCGGCACCAUAAACACCGUCUAAGAAUAGUGCGUAUUUUGAGGUUCAAUAGGGAUUGUUCAUUGUAUCAGUAUAUGGAGCCACCAAAUGGUUCAAGUUCUUGUAGUUGAUGCAUUCUUGCCUAUUAGAGGCAAGAAUAUUUGAAACAAUGUGGGACAUCAAUCAUUUACAUAUUGCCCAAACAAAAUUUUGCCUUUUGGAGCAUGUUUUUGUUUGGACUUUAGAAUUGAGAACCUUUGUAGGACCUUGUUGGCAUAGUUUCUACUUUCUAAUAGUCAGUUUGUGUUCAUUAA